AUGAAACCACAAAUAGUACGAUUUGUUUUACCUUCCAACAAAGAUUUUCAAAGUUAUAAUCUUUCACAAGGUGCAAAUACCUUUCAAACUAUACAUCCGGUGGUUCACCAUCAGAAAUCUUUUUCACUUCAACUUGUCAACGGAACUACAUCUUCAGCAACUGCUGUUGCACCAUCUCGUGUUUUUAUAACCUCAACACCUCCAACAUUUAACUUAUAUGAUGAAGUAACAGCACAAAAAUCAAAUAAUUCAUCAAUUAAUAACUGUAUUCAUGGAACGAUUCUAAAUCCAUCAUCAUCUGUAGUGGGCAUACCAAUAAAUAAAUCAUGCUUAGGUGAAGUUAUUCCAACAACAAAUAUGUGUUUGUCGAAUAGUGCAUCUAUGCCACAGCCAACAACGUUAUGUAAAAAUAAAAAAACAAGUGAUUCACCUUGUCCUGAAAAAACACAACGGAAUACAAAACAAUCAAAUAAAAGAUUGAAGCUUGAAGAAACAAGUGGAAAAUUAGUUAAACGUUGCAAAAAUUGGAGUGAAGAAGAGACAAAAACGUUUAUUGCAAUAUGGAGUGAAAAUUAUUCAAGACUCAUGUCAAGCGGAUCAAGAAAUGCUUCUAUUUAUCAAUCAAUGGCCGAUGAACUUAAUAAAAUCUUACAACGUCGUUCUCUUACAGGUGAGCGUCCGUACAAUGAUGAUAGUUUGUUAACGGAUUCGAUGAAAAUAGGUGAACAAGUUUUACAAGAUAUUGAAAAUAUACCUCCAGUUGAUCUUAAUUCUACUCAAAUAUCAGAACUGGUCGAUGAUUUAGUUCCAUCAUUAGCAGACACUGAAGAAACAAAUAGUUUUACUGAUAUUAAUCCAAAUCAUUUAGGAAGUUCUUCGAACGUUGAUACUCUUUCAAAAUCUGAUACUUCUUCUGUUACAAAUUCAUCUAAACCAAAAAAAACUGCACCAGAAAAAAAGAGACGAAUAUCGGAAAUAAAAGUGAAUUUAGUUCAAGACCUGAUUGGGAAAAUAGAAUCUGCUAAUGAAAAUGCUUCUCGUUCCGAAGUCAAAACAAAUUUUGAAUGUCAACGUUUUAUACAAAAGUAUCGACGAGAUUUAACUCUUCGAAAUUUCCUUAUUACUUCAUUAUUUAUAAUUUCGGAACGCACCUUAAUUACCAGUCGUCGUCUGAUAUGGUGUUACAAAAGAAGUGGUCGCUGGUGGACAGAAAUUGUUCCUUUAAUGAAUGACCAACAGUUCAAGAAUAAUUUUCGUAUACAACGUUCCACCUUUGGUGAAUUAGUUCGUCUAGUUGGCCCCCAUGUAUUUAAAAAUGAUACAAAUUAUCGUGCUGCAAUUCCUGUGGAAAAAAGAAUUGCUUGUGCUCUUUAUGCCUUGGGUUCAAGCAGCGAAUUAAGAACCAUCAGCAACUUAUUUGGUAUUGGUGUUAAUACAACUGGUCUUAUAGUACAUGAAUUUUGCAAUACAAUAAUAGAUUUAUUUUUAUAUAAAUUAAUUAAAUUUCCCAGUACAGAUGCUGAAAUAUAUGAAACAAUGAAUGGAUUUUUAACCAAGUUUGGCUAUCCAUUAUGUUUAGGAUCUCUGGAUGGCACACACAUUCAAAUUAAACCACCUAUUGGUGCUGAACCCGAUUAUUACAAUUAUAAAAAAUUCCAUUCUGUGAUUAUGUUAGCUGCUGUAAAUAGUAAUCUCAUGUUUACAUAUAUUAAUGUUGGAGCGCCUGGGCGCUGCAAUGAUAGUUCCGUUUACAGUAGAUCAACAUUAUAUGAUGUAAUUCAAAAUUCAAUUUAUAAAAAGUAUUAUCUUAUUGAAAAUAAUGUGACAAUAUAUGCUCAUCUUAUAGCAGAUUCUGCAUUUCCAUUAGAUGCAACACUUAUCAAACCAUAUAUUGAAAAACCAAAUAUGUCUAGAAAAGAAUGUAUGUUUAAUUAUAGAUUAAGUAGGGCAAGGAGCACAGUAGAACGUGCUUUUGGAAUUAUGAAGAAUCGUUUUAGAUGUAUUCAUCGGAAACUAGAAUAUGAAUUAGAUAAUUCAGUUAGAAUUAUCAAAGCUAUUGCGAUCUUGCAUAAUAUUUGCAUUAUUUCUGGAGAUAAUUCUGAAUUGGAUUGGGAUAUACCACAUGUAAUUUAUAAAAAACCAUCGUGUAACAGUCAAACUACAGAUGGAAAUGAUAUUCGUCAAGCAUUAACUGAAUAUUUUGUUAAAAAUCCAUUGUAA